GCUGCCGUUCCGCCUCGGGCUGCGCCCGUCCCGGCCGAGGAGAGCCGGGGCCGCUUCCGCCUCCAUCGGCUUCCGUCAGGUUCGGCUCGUUUCGCCGUUCUCCCCCAGGAAAAGGGGUGGCAGAAGGAACGCGCUCGGUGCUCCAGAGGGCGUUCGCGACCCGCGCGCUGUGCGGAGCUCCGCAGGCAGCGCUGAGCACGGGGGGGGACGCGCAGCCCCGUCGGGUGGCGCAGCUGCUCUGCCCCCGCCCGGCCCGGACACGAGCGGGCUCUGCGGUGCCGCUGCGACCUCCGAGCUCCCGAAGGAGCGACGGGCAGCGCCGGGCUCAGCCGGAGCCGGAGGGCAGCUGCCGGAGAACGCGGUUUGCUCCGGAGCGUCUCGUUUGCAGCUCGCACCUCUCACGCCGGUUUCUUUCAGCCCUCUGCAGUGCCAGCAGCCCCCGAUCUCUGAGGUCCCGGCAUCGUCGUCGCUCGGUGGCCUGAGCUACCCGUGCCACUGUGUCCUGAUGGUCCCAAUAUUCACAUUACCGAUGUCCCUGUGUCAGCAGCCCAGGUGAUCUGAAGUCCCAAAGUCCCAAAAUCCCUGCGUCCCCAUGUCCCUGACACCCACUGUCCCAGUGUCCCAAUGUCCCCAUAUCGCCUCAUCCCCGUGUCGCCCUCCUCCCCUCCUCCCCGCCGCCCCGGCUCCGCGCUUCCCCGCACCGACACCGGGGACCGCAGCUCCGCCCCAGGGGCUCCGCGGCCGCCCCUCCUCACCCACAGGCGGUCACCGUCCCGCAGAGCGCGGCCGUCCGCCGGGUGAGCGGGCGGGGAGUGGAGCCGAGGCGGCCGCAGCUCCGCGCCCAUGGCGGACCACGCCGCGGAGACGGGAGCGGCGGUUCCCCCCCGCGGGGCGCAGCGCCACCGGCAACACGUUGCUGGGCGAGGAGCGCUUCGAGUCCCGGCUGGCGUCCCAACCCGUCACCACCACGUGCAAAGACGGCAGGCGGGAUUGGGACGAGUGGUGCGUGGUGGUCAUGGACACCCCGGCGAUUUUCGGGGGCUCUCAGUGGGACAAGCAGCAUUUGGCCGAGGAGCGCCAGCGCUGCCUCAGAUUCGCUGCCCGUGAGCCCUGCGUGCUGCUGCUGGUGACACAGCUGGGCCGUUACACGCAGGAGGACCGGGAGAUGCAGGCUGAUGAGGUGCUGCACAGGGCUGUGAGCAUCGCACUCAGGCAGCGCGAGGGGCGCCGGCGCAAACGGUGGUGGGAAAGUGGAAUAACGAGGAAAAAAACACGAAACCGCGACGGCUGCGCUGCUGCGGCCGGGGCCGAACGGAGCAGGGUGAGUGCGGGCACCGAGGAGCCGCCCCGCGAGCAGCCCCGGUGCCGCUCCGAGCCCGCGGCCGUCCGCCGCCCCGCUCCCCGUCGGGUCGGCAGCCCCCAGCGGAGCGCGUCGCGGCGAGUCGGGAAGCGCCCGGCCACCCCGGAGCCCCCGGGGUUGGGCGCGGGCGCGGGCCGGCAGGGAGGACGGCGACCCCCGGGACCGCGCGGCGCGGAGGAGCUCGGCUGGGGGACGCGGCGCUGCGGGAGCGCGGGGCGGCGCUGCGGCGGGGCGGGGCGUCCGCUCGUGCUCGGGGUGGCGACGGCACCGCGCGGCUCCGCUGCUCGGGACGGCGCGGGGGGAACCGGGUGCAUUUACGGGAAAAGGCGUUUACGGUCCGCGCGGACUUCGGCCCGGCUGCCGGCGGGGCGGCCCCUCCCCGCGGAGCGACAGGCAACCCCCGGCUGCUCCCCGCGGCUCCGCGUCCCCGGCUGUUCCCGCACGGCCCGUCGUGCUCCGCCCCCGCGGCCUCGCAUAAAAGCCGGCCGGGAUCCGGCACCUCCUGCGCUCCGUUGCGUCAGGAGUCGGAGCGGUCGGCGCCGCUUCCCGCGGACGAACGGCGCCCGAUCCCAUCGCUGCGUGCUCGCGGUCGCCCUCUCCGUCCCCGUGCAGCCCCGGCUCAGCUCGGCCUCGGCCGGCCCACGCGCAGCAGCGAUGCACAGCGACGGUGAGGGCGCGGGGGGCGGCGGGCGGUGCCCAGAACGGGACGGGGUCCGCGGGAGCGCGGCGCGGGGCGGGCGGCCCCGGGAGGGGGAUGCGGACGCCCCCGGAGGACGCCUCACGCCCCUCCGCUCCCCGGCAGAGCCCUUCCGGCAGCCGGAGCCGAAGGGCCGCUGGAUGCGGGACGACGAAGCGCCACCGGAGCUGCGGCUGCUGCUCGUCGGGAAGAGCGGCGGCGGGAGGAGCGCGACGGGGAACAGCAUCCUGGGGCGGGCGGCCUUCGAGUCGCGGCUGUCCACGCGCGCGGUGACGCAGAGGAGCGAGCGGCAGAGCGGCUCGUGGAAGGGUUACCGCGUGCACGUGGUGGACACGCCGGACGCCUUCGACUCGCCGGAGCGCAGCGCCCGGUGCCUCCGCGAGGUCGCCCGCUGCGCGCUGCUGUCGGCGCCGGGGCCGCACGCGCUGCUGCUGGUGACGCAGCUGGGCCGCUUCACGCAGGAGGACGAGGCGGCCGUCCGGCAAGUGUGGCGGCUGUUCGGGCGCGGCGCCGCCAAGCGCACCGUCGUGGUCUUCACGCGCGGGGACGAGCUGACGGGCGGCUCCCUUGUGCGGCACGUGGAGGACACCGGCACCGCCGCGCUGCGGGAGCUGCUGUGGGAAUGCGGGGGACGGUGCUGCGCCUUCGACAACCGGGCGGUCGGGGGGGCGGGAGAGAAGCGGGUCGGGGAGCUGCUGGAGACGGUGCUGCGCAUGCUGGGGGGAGACCUGAGCGCCCACUACCGGAACGAGCUCUUCGACGGCGCCGUGCAGCUCCUGAAGCGCCGGGACGUCGACUUCGAGAAGAAAUGCGAUAUCCUGGCCGAAAACAUGGAGCGGCAGCUGCGGGGCUGGUGGCACACGUGGCUCCUGGAGUGGCUGCGGUCCAUCCCGGCUGUACGAUGGCUGUGCCGCACGCCGUGUGCGCGGUGCGUCUGCUGCUGCUUCUCCUGCGUCCUUUCAGCGCUGCUGGCCCUCUGGCGCGCCCUGCGGUCUGUGCUCUCAUGGGGCUGUCAGAGCGUUAUCUCGGUGUACCGGCGCUUUGUGCGUUACCAGCGGGGUGGCCUGGCUGUGUUGGGGCGACUCAAGUUACCUGGAAGAGCUGCUGAUGCCCCAUCCCUGGCAGCGCCCGAGUCCAGGCUGGAUGUGGCUUUGCACAGCGGGCGGUGUCCCCGCACUGGGGCAGCUCAGAUGCGGCCAAUGGUGGAGCAGCGCUACGUGUGAUCCCAGCACUGCCCUCCUCCCGACGCCGCCUCUAAAAGCGCUGCUGAGCUGCACAGCGCUUCCAGCCCCGGCGCUGCUGUGCGGGACGAGAGCAGCAACAGCACGAGUGCAGCAGUCAGAGCUGGGACACAGCGCAGCGCUGCUUUGGCUCCCCGUGUGAGUGUGAGCGCUCUCCCGAUGGCAGGAUGUCACAGCAAAGGGUCCCAGCUGAGGAUCCUGCUGGUGGGCAAGACGGGGAGUGGGAAGAGCGCGACAGGGAACACCAUCCUUGGGAAGGAGGCGUUUGAAUCGAAGCUGUCAGAAAGUUCAGUAACCUCUGACUACAGCAGUGCCCAGAGCCACCGCUGUGGAAGGGCAGUGGAGGUUGUGGACACUCCAGGCCUCUUUGACACAAGAGAAGCCAACCUGAAAACGGCUGAAAAGAUCAAGAACGGCCUUCGAUACCUCUCUACAGGGGUCCAUGCCAUCGUCCUGGUGAUGCAGCUGGGUCGAAUCACUCAGGAAGAGAAGGAAGUGGUUGAGUGGGUGACCAAGAUAUUCAAUAUUGAAGCACAGAGGUACACAAUCCUGUUAUUCACCCGAGCAGAACAGCUGCAGAAACCAGGAGGUCUGAAGAGUUUCAUAGAAGGGAGUUCAUACCUCAAGGCCUUGGCAGCCAAGUGUGGAAAUCGGUGCAUUGGAUUCAGCAACAGAGCCACCAGGGAGGAGAGGGAUCGGCAGGUUGCAGAGCUCAUCAGCAUGAUUGAUGCCAUGGUAGAGCAGAACGGCGCUGCUCCGUGUUACACGCGAGAGAUGCUGGAGAAGGACAAACGGACCUUUUUGCAGAAGACUCCCCAUGUGAGUGUGAGCGCUCUCCCGAUGGCAGGACAUCACAGCACAGGGUCCCAGCUGAGGAUCCUGCUGGUAGGCAAGACAGGAAGUGGGAAGAGUGCGACAGGGAACACCAUCCUUGGGAAGAAGGCGUUUCGUUCCACAAUGUCAGCGCAGUCAGUAACCCAGGAGUGCGAGAAAGCUGAAGGCCUCUUUGCUGGAAGACCGAUUGUUGUUGUCGACACUCCUGGCCUUUUUGACACUAAGGAAGUGCUUAGAAGAACAGCUGAAAAAAUUCAGAAUGCCUUUCAGUUUGCCUCUGCAGGGUUCCAUGCCAUCAUCCUGGUGAUGAUGAUGGGCCGAAUCACUAAGGAAGAGCAGGAAGUGGCUGAGCGGGUGACCACGAUAUUCAGUACAGAAGGAGGGAGGUACACAAUCCUGUUAUUCACCCGAGCAGAAGAGCUGGAGCAUCCAGAAGACCUGAAGGGUUUCAUAGAAAAGAGCCCAUUCCUCAAGGGUUUGGCAGCCAAGUGUGGAAAUCGGUACAUUGGUUUCAGCAACGGAGCCACAGGGGAGGAGAGGGAUCGGCAGGUUGCAGAGCUCAUCAGCAAGAUUGAUGCCAUGGUAGGGCAGAACGGCGCUGCUCCACGAUAUACACGGCAAAUGCUGGUGAAGGAUUUAUCCAAUGUUCUUGGGAACUCUUGUGCUAUUCUCUAAGUUCAGGCAGGACACAUCUUCUCCUGUGCGCCAUUCCUGCUGCCUGGCGCGCCGAUGCCGGAGGUGCUGAGUGGUGACGGGCUGUGUGGGACCAGCAGGGCACGGGGGCUCCAACAACUCCACUGCGAGGAGCCUUACCUGCAGAAGCUGGAAGCUGUGAGGCCUGUGGGCCCUCGCUGUGCGGAGGCACCGUGGAACACAGCUGAUCUGCACUUCCUCUCACGGCUGAUAAAGACGACCAGCAGAGACCCUUGUGCAAAGCUCCCAGAUCUCCUAGACUCACUUGGGCUGCCAUCCUCAGGGCUGCGCUGGGUGCAGGAGUGGUGAAAUACACCUGCCUCCAAAUCUCUCUCCUUUUUCCUCUCCAUUUUCUUUUAUUUGCUUUCCCUCAAAGUAGUUGGUAAGGAACCAGUGCCUCACCAACACCCUUGUGCAUGAUGCUUACUAAGCACUGUUAGAAAGCUGCCUCAUUUGGCCUCAAACUAGUUGAUUAGUUGUUGACAGAAAGCUCAAUAAAUUGCAGUUUCUCUUCAAAUCAAGAGCAGAGGAUCUCUCUGGCUGCAGUAGUGGGAAAAAGAAAGACAUAAUGAACAGAAGGCCUUGAAAAUGAGUGAUGCAGCUCGGCAGCAACGUGUGCCAGACAUAAGCACACACGAGGUGCCUGGUUUGUGCCGGUGAC